AUGAUUUCAUAUUGCUCCACUUCGGACACUUCAAACGAACAUGGAUGUGAAUCCACAACUACAAAUCCUUUCGAUGGCUCGGUCGAUAUGUCCAAACAUUUCAAUAUACAUGCAAUUCCAAAUAUUCGAAUUCAUACCAAACAGUUCUCACCAACAACGAGCAGAAGGGCAAAACCACAACCAACGACCCAAGAUGAGGUCAAGCCAAAAGGUAUUCAAAAAAAGACAUCAUGCAAGAGUUCUUCACAAAUAUGCUCCUCCCAACGAAGUAUUGAGCAGUUCAGCACUGCAUACUUUGUUCAACUGUACAAUAAUAACAACCAACCACGAGAGGUCACAACUCAAGUGCAUACACACAAGAAGGAUGCUCAUCACAAACGCUCGACCAUACCUCAUAUACCUCAUUUGCCGCCCAGCAACUCUUGCACAACACAACAUUCUGAAACUGCAACAACAACGAAGAAAGUGAGAACCUCCAUCUCUAUUCAAGAGCUCCUUAACGCCUGA